GCGCGAUGGGGACGAGCGGAGACAACCUGAAUGGCUGGACCAGAACAACAAGAGAACGGCACAAAUUUCUGGGGUACGCUGACCACCCUCGCCUGCCCCCUCGUGCUCCAGCCCAACCCCCGCUUUACGUAACCGACGCCGUCUCCACCGUCCCGCGCUGCCAUCACACACUACUGACGGUUCCGCGAUGCGCCCAUAUGUCGUGGGGUCGUUUGCACAAUAUCGACGUUAUUCGCGCUAGCGGGACCCGACUCGGAGGAAUACGGACCAGAACAUACAUGCCAUUCGACGACGUCGGCUUCUUGCUACACAGCAAGAUGUCCAUCUGCCCAUCGUAUCAGAUUGCACUCUGGGGCAUCGGAUCUCGAGGAGAGGGCGACAGGAAACACACCUACCUGUCCAAGGCCAAGGGGGACAAAGAGUGCAAGACGCGGAACCAGCCUCAUUGGACGCCUCGAGGAUGAAACCGGCGUGGACCCCUCACACGAGGUAGGCUGUAGGGCUGAUGGCAUCACCGCCUACCACAAUUAUCGACCAGAAAAGACCACUCAGCUGUGCUGCUAGUCUAUGUCGACAAUCAUCAGCCAUCCGGCUGUGCUAUUAUAACAAUCGCGAGGUUCGAUUCACGAAGACUCACGUAUCCAUGGCGCUCACACGGUCUCAAGAAUGGAUACAUACCAUGCACGUCGCCCGUGGACUUCGAGAUCUUGAUAUUCAUGAGCGCAGCGCUUGAUCACAAGUGACAUGAACGUGGGUUGCCACCUACGCCCACUACGAUGGAU